CGGCCGGUUGCAAGAUAUAGGAACUGUCCAAAAACAGAAUCGACUUUCAAUGCACAAAAGUCGUUGACUCUAUGGCACCCAUCAUCUUUGACUUCACCCAUAAUCUACCGUGUAAUUUCUACUCUGUCACGGCUCCACUGGUUAUCAUCAGCAUCUUCAUUUUCUCUACGAUCUGAUUUUCGCAGUCUUUCCAGCUCUCUUCUGCUCAUAUCCAUGGCCGAUACCGUCACAGAUGUCAACAUGGACGCUGUCCAGCGCCGCCUCAUGUUCGAAGACGAAUGUAUAUUGGUCGAUGAGAACGAUAACGUUGUAGGUCAUGAUACCAAAUACAAUUGUCAUCUUAUGGAGAAGAUUGAAUCUGAAAAUUUGCUACAUAGAGCCUUCAGUGUUUUCUUGUUUAAUUCAAAAUAUGAAUUGCUUCUUCAGCAAAGAUCUGCAACAAAAGUUACCUUUCCUUUGGUGUGGACAAACACUUGCUGUAGCCAUCCUCUUCACCGAGAGUCAGAGCUUAUUGCCGAGAAUGCUCUUGGCGUGAGGAAUGCUGCCCAAAGGAAGCUUUUAGAUGAGUUGGGCAUUCCUGCUGAAGAGGUCCCAGUUGACCAGUUCACACCAUUGGGCCGUAUGCUUUAUAAAGCACCUUCAGAUGGGAAAUGGGGAGAACAUGAACUUGACUACCUCCUGUUCAUCGUCCGGGAUGUCAGUGUGCAUCCUAACCCAGAUGAGGUCGCUGAUCUUAAAUAUGUGGACCGAGAGCAGCUGAAAGAGAUCAUGAAGAAAGCAGAUGCAGGGGAGGAGGAUAUAAAACUCUCCCCUUGGUUCCGACUCGUAGUUGAUAAUUUCUUAUUCAAAUGGUGGGAUCAUGUAGAGAAAGGGACUCUGAAUGAAGCUGUGGACAUGAAGACCAUUCACAAGUUGACCUAAACAGGUGGACUAUGAAUCUGCUUUGUUUAGAUUUUUUGUUUUUGUUUUUGGUUACUUUUGUGGGUUGGGUAUUUGUCUUUGUAGCAUCGUGCAUGUGCACUUUCAUGCAUUUCGAGAAAUUCCGCUUUAUAUUACAUUGGAUUUUUUCGUGGAAUUGGUGUUCCAACUUACAAUGAUCCGUAAGGUUCUUUACCUAACUACUCGUUUUAACUACUACAUAUAUAAUACGCUGCUUCCUUUUUUUUUCUUCUCGUA